UAAUUGCCACAAUUACCACAGGUGGUGUUGCUAAAAGGUGUCAUUGGCGGCACUGUUCAAUUCUGAGAAUCAUAUGAAUGCGGAAAUGGCGAAUGCUUCAAAUGCGAGAAUUCAUCAAGUAAGCAGUAUGUCAGAACUGGACGAAAAUUUGCUGAGUAUGGAAAACCUCGAUAGGGCGUCUCCAGAAUUGUGGCCCGAAAAAAUUCCAGGAAUGUCAAAUUUUGUAAAUCAAACUGCAGCAGCUAAUACUAGUGGCCAGCCUUGGAACAAAGAACUAGACAGUGAGGAUAUAAACUUGCUGCACCAAUUUGGCAGCCUUACUGCUGCCAGCCUCAUUGGAGAAGUGAAGAAACUACACGAUAUAGCAUAUGAGCUGGGACUCCAGGAAGCGAAGGAGAUGACACGUGGGAAGUACCUGAACAUCCUUAGUCGCAGUCAGCAUUAGCACUUGUGCUUGCUAUCAUUAUCAUACAGUUUCAAGGAGUAAAGCAAAAUGUGUGGAUAAAAUUUGUGUCCCCAAAUUAGCCUGAUUAUAUAAUUUACCAUCUAGAGAAAAUGAGGGAAAGGUUUAAUUAUUCAUUUAUUUUAGAGAGAUACAAAUCUCAUCAAUUGUUGCACUUUUGAUGUCCUUUUCAACGUGACAUGCCAUUUCCAGCAGUUUUCUUUCACUUUCCCCUGGAUGAUGUGACAAGACUAAUAUUAGGAUCUGCAGUUGGUCAUUGCAACAGAACGACAUUUUUUUGUACAGUUGGGUCAGCUGCAUGAAAUGAAAUGCAUUGUCAUAUGACAUUUUAUAUUGAAUCUUCCACUCUAGCUGCUAAUUGUUUUAUUAUAUUACUGUUAGCUGCUAACUUGAAAGAUUCAAUUUAAAAUGUAAUGUUACAUUUAAUAUGUUCUCAUACUACCAGGAAUGUUAUCUGUCUGUGUGCCAGAAAUAUCUGGGCUGUGCAUACUUGCAGCACUGUCAGGUUGUUUUGUUAUUUUUUUUCAUGUCACAGAAGAAUUUGCUACAGUUAUGUUUAAGAAAACCAAUAAGCAAAGUUCCAUUCACUUAUGGUAAUCUGUUCUUACAUUUUUCCUAAUUAUCUCCCUUCCCUUUUUUGUAAUUUAAAAAGGAGAUAACUAGUUUGAGCUUCAAAAAAUAGGAAGUCCAGCAUGGAAUAAUGACAAUAUUUUGGAAAGGAUAGAUUGCUGCUCACCAUAUAGCAGAUGCCAAGUAACAGAUAGGCAGAACAGAAAGAUUAUUAAAAAAAAGUAAGCUUUCGGCAAAAAAAAAAA